AUGUGGCGAUUGGCUAGAGCUAUAUCAAGGCGUAGUUUUGCGACUGUCCCUGCUGAAGAACUACAACAGAGAAUUUUUGAUGUUUUAAAGAAGUUUGAUGCAGUUGAUCCAGCGAAAUUAAAUAAAGAUGCAAGCUUUAAAGACGUCGGCUUGGAUUCUUUGGAUACUGUAGAAGCUAUUGUUGCAUUAGAAGAUAUUCUCAUUUAAAAGAAAUAAAAGCAUGAAAAUAGAUUUUUUUAAAUGAAAAAUAAAGAGCACGACGAAGUCGUGCUAAUAAAUUUCCUACAAUAAAGUAUUAAAUCACCAAAUAUAAUUAUAUAUUAGGCAUAGAAUUAGCUGACGAUGAAGCCUUAAAAAUCACAACUAUUCCUGCAGCUGUCGAAGCAUUCACAAAAUCUCCAAAACCCCAAUAA